AUGACGACCACCGCGACGACCCUCAAGGGUCAGCCCCUCGACCGGCAGACGCUCGACGCCAUGCUGCGCCGGCGCCUCUUCUUCACCCCGGCCUUCGAGAUCUACGGCGGUGUCGCCGGUCUCUUCGACUACGGCCCUCCCGGCUGCUCCCUGCAGGCCAACAUCGUUGACCUCUGGCGUAAGCAUUUCAUCCUCGAGGAGGACAUGCUUGAGAUCGACACCACCGUCCUGACCCCUCAUGAGGUCCUUAAGACGUCGGGCCACGUCGACAAGUUCGCCGACUGGAUGUGCAAGGACCCCAAGAACGGCGACAUCCUGCGCGCCGACCACUUUGUCGAGGACGUACUCGAGUCCCGUCUCAAGGGUGACAAGGAGGCCCGCGGUGAAAAGGUCGAGGAGGAGGAUGACCCCAAAAAGAAGAAGAAGAGAAAGACAAAGACCGAGGCCGUCAAGCUCGACGACGCCCUCGUCCAGGAGUACGAGGAGAUCCUGGCCCGGAUCGACAACUACAACGGCGAGGAGCUCGGCGAGCUCAUCAAGAAGUACGACCUCAAGAACCCCGCCACCGGCGUCCAACCCUCGCCCCCCGUCGCCUUCAACCUCAUGUUCCAGACCUCCAUCGGCCCUAGCAGCAACUUGCCUGGCUACCUGCGCCCCGAGACCGCCCAGGGUCAGUUCCUCAACUUCGCGAAGCUCCUCGACUUCAACAUGCAGCAAAUGCCCUUCGCCUCCGCUUCCAUCGGCCGCUCCUACCGCAAUGAGAUCUCCCCGCGCGCCGGUCUCCUAAGAGUCCGCGAGUUCCUCAUGGCCGAGAUCGAGCACUUUGUCGACCCCGAGGGCGGCAAGAAGCACCACCGAUUCCCGGAGAUCGACGCUAUCGAGCUGACCCUGCUAGACCGUCACACCCAGCUCGCCGGCAAGACGGACGUCAAGAAGAUGACCAUCGGCGACGCCGUGCGCAACAAGGUGGUCGACAACGAGACCCUCGGCUACUUCCUCGCCCGCAUCCACCUCUUCCUGCAAAAGAUUGGUGUUGACAUGACCAAGGUCCGCUUCCGCCAGCAUAUGGAGAACGAGAUGGCCCACUACGCCACCGAUUGCUGGGACGCUGAACUCCUCACCUCGUCCGGCUGGAUCGAGUGUGUUGGCUGCGCCGACCGCAGCGCCUACGACCUGUCCGUUCACGCCAAGAAGACGGGUGCGCCCCUCGUUGUGCGCGAGCGCCUUGACGAGCCCCGCGUCUUCGAGGAGUGGCAGGUCGAGAUCGACAGGAAGAAGUUUGGCCCCCAGUUCAAGAAGGACGGCAAGACAGUCGAGGCCGCCCUCGAGGCCACCAACCAGGAGCAGCGUGAGAAGCUCGCCAAGCAGCUCGCCGAGAACGGUGAGCUCGAGCUCGAGGUCGCCGGCGUCGGCAAUGGCAUUGUCAAGGUCAGCAAGGACCUCGUCAAGGUCGAGUUCAGGAAGCGCGUUGAGAACACCAGAGAGUACACCCCCAACGUCAUUGAGCCGUCCUUCGGUAUCGGCCGCAUCAUGUACUCGCUGAUCGAGCACGUCUACUGGAACCGUGCCACCGAAGACGGUGGCGACGAGGCCCGCGGAGUUCUCUCUUUCCCCCCGACGGUCGCCCCGACCAAGGUCCUGAUUGUGCCCCUGUCGGCCAACAAGCAGUUCCAGCCCUUCGUCAGCAAGAUCUCGCAGAAGCUGCGCAAGAUCGGCAUCUCGGCGCGCGUGGACUCAUCAUCGGCCACCAUCGGGAAGCGUUACAGCCGCAACGAUGAGCUCGGCACGCCGCUCGGCGUCACCAUUGACUUCCAGACCGUCCAGGACAGCACUAUCACCCUCAGAGAUCGUGACUCUACCAAGCAGGUUCGCGCGGACGAAGACACCAUUGUCGCAGCCAUCCAGAGUCUUGUUACCGGCGCUAGGGAGUGGAAGGACAUUGCGACCGAGCUCCCGGCAUUUGAGGGACAGGAGGUCGAUGUCGCCGUUCGGUAA